UCCUUCCAGAAGCCUUCCCUUUCAGCACCAUGAACCCAAGUGCUGCUGUCAUUUUCUGCCUCAUUCUGCUGAGUCUGAGUGGGACUCAAGGGAUCCCUCUCUCAAGAACGGUCCGCUGUACCUGCAUCAGUAUCGAUGAACGGCCAGUGAAACCGAGGGCCUUAGGAAAGCUUGAAAUUAUUCCUCCAAGUCUGUCCUGCCCACAGGUUGAGAUCAUUGCCACGAUGAAAAAGAAUGGUGAGAAGAGAUGUCUGAAUCCAGAAUCUGAGGCAAUCAAGAGUUUAUUGAAAGCAGUUAGCCAAAAAAGGUCUAAAAGAGCGCAGUAACUGGAGAGAAGCCACUCACCACAAUGCUGUGAUCUACGGAUAGCAGAGAGCCUGUCUCUCCAUCACUUCCCUCUACCCAGUGUAUGGCUAGUCCUAACGGUCCUUGUUUCUCCUGAAAGGUGACCAACUGUGGUCACAUCAGCUGCUACCCCUCCUGCAGGAUGAUGGGCAAGUCAUGGGGUCCUGAGACAAAGUAACUCCAGAAACAAGAAUUCUUUAAGAGCUGGUCAGAGUCCUCGCUCAAGCAGCUGGGAUGGCUCUCCUAGCUCCGUACUGUAAGCUAUCUGGAGGUACUACGCUCUUCAUCAUGUGACACGCCCCAGCCUGCUCCCAUGCCCUCCUCAUCUUCCCUAGCUUUAGGAUUGCCAGCUCUGAGUUUACCUGAGCUCUUUUAUUUCAAAUGUAGUCCAAGUAAGAUUACAAAGUAAGUUUGUAAGAGCAGACGUACCACCAUCUUCCCAUGGGGAUUUCAUAACUCAGAAUACUUACAGGAACCUGGAAAUGUAUAUGUAAAUAUUAUUUAACGAACGACUGUACAAAGCAGAAUUCCUAGAUGUAUUUUUUUGUAUGCUUUUCAUUGUAUAUGGAAGAACGUGUGUCAUUAAGUACAUAUCAAUGAGUAGUUCAAGUUUA